CGUGUCUCUGCUCUUGUAGGUGGUGGAGCAUCUCUGGGGUCCUGAUCAACAUACUCUCUAUUUUUUCAUACGGAGUUAAAGAUGGCGGAGCCCGAAGAGCCUAAAACAACCUGCAAGUUUAUUUUUAAGAAAUCAACCAAGAAAUUUUCCGCUCGGAAAAGAAAUGCUAGUGAUAGUGAUAAAGACAAAAGUAGCGACGAGGAUGGCAGUGCUGUGGUCAGAAAGAAGAAAUCUAAUAUUGCGAACCCCAUGAUUCAAAAAACAAAGAAAGUCGAAAAUGAAGCAGUCACAUCAAGUGAAAGUGAAGAGGACAAAGGGGACAAGAGUGUUACUGUGGCUUACAAGUCUACUCGGUCAGCUAAACCAGAGGGACCAGAUGAUAUGGGAGCAACUGCUGUUUAUGAGUUGGACACAGAGAGGGACAAAGAUGCUCAGGCCAUCUUUGAGCGCAGCCAGAAGAUUCAGGAGGAGCUAACUGGUAAAGAAGAUGACAAGAUUUAUCGUGGCAUCAACAACUACCACAAAUUUAUUAAACCAAAAGAUUCCACCAUGGGCAAUGCCUCCUCUGGUAUGGUUAGGAAAGGACCAAUCAGAGCGCCUGAGCACCUCAGGGCCACAGUGCGAUGGGAUUAUCAGCCUGACAUAUGUAAAGACUACAAAGAGACUGGUUUCUGUGGGUUUGGAGACAGCUGCAAGUUCCUGCAUGACCGCUCAGACUACAAGCAUGGCUGGCAGAUUGAGCGAGAGCUUGAUGAGGGAAGAUACGGGGCCAAUGAUGAGGAGAACUAUGAAGUGAGCAGCGAUGAUGAAGAUCUGCCUUUCAAGUGUUUCAUCUGUAGAGAAACUUUCAAGAACCCUAUUAUUACAAAGUGCCGGCACUAUUUCUGUGAGAGUUGUGCUCUCCAGCACUACCGCAAGUCUAAGCGCUGCUAUAUUUGUAACCAACAGACCAAUGGAGUAUUCAACCCUGCCAAAGAGCUAAUGGCUAAGAUUCAGAAACACCAAGCAGCUACUGACCAGCCUCCCUCAGAUGAGGAUGACUAGUUCUUCAGAGCUUUAUCAUAAUACUUUAGAAUUUCCUUCUGAGUUGUGUAUUUUCUAAACUUAAUAAAAAAUAAAAAUGUGGGUUUCUCUUUUGUAGAAAUGCUUUCAUGACUCCCAUGAACAUUAAUAUUUACACGGCAUGCAAUAAACUACUAUAUGUACAGUUUAAU